UGAACUUAUAUUUUCCAUUUUCCGUCAAUACAGGAGUGAUCAACCAAAACAUUAAGAUUUUUAGUACAGCAACAAAAUUGAUAGGAAUGAAGGUGUUUUGUUUAGUUGAUUUUAGUUAUCGUUUUUGAAUUGGUUCUUGGGUUUGUUCCUCACUGUCACAUAUUUCAGUGGAUCUAAAGUGCCGGGAAAUCUCGAAGACAAAUAAAAGCAAAGAAUGCAGGCUGUUGGGAGCAAUACUCAAGGAAAUCCUUCUGUGUUGUCCUUAUUGAGGAGCGUGCUCAUAGUAGUCAGCACUGCACUGGUUUGUUUCGCGGCAGCCCGAAAUUCAAUUACAUGGCACUGUCAGAGAUUUUGGGGAGCUUCUGGAGACUUCUGGCAAGCACAGUGGGAUAAAUUCUUAGACAGUGUGGGCGAAGAUCCGUUCACCUUAUGGGUCUAUGGCACGGCAAUCUUAUCUACCAGCGUGUACUGGAUAUUUGGCGGUAUUUAUACUAUAUUGGACGUUACUAAUAAACCGGCUGCCUUAAGACGUUACAAGAUCCAACCGGGUACGAAUGAACCUGUAGAUCGCAAGAAGUUACUCAGGGUUAUUUGGUGCGUACUUCUCAAUCAGUUUGCCGUUGGACUGCCAUGUUCGUUUUUCUUUUACUACAUGAUGUGGAUGAGAGGCCUAGAGCCCGUCAGAGAGCUGCCAACUUUCCAUUGGGUGCUUUAUGAAUUAGCUAUACACAUUCUCGUGGAAGAAGCUAGUUUCUACUAUUCCCACCGUUUCCUCCACUCGCGCUACCUCUACAAGACCAUCCACAAACAGCACCACGAAUGGACCGCCCCUAUAGCCGUAACAGCCAUCUAUUGUCACCCUAUCGAGCAUAUUUUCUCCAAUCUACUGCCUCCUUUUCUGGGCGUGGUCAUCAUGGGAUCUCACGUGGCCACUGCCUGGCUGUGGUUCACACUAGCACUUCUAUCGACACUUAACGCACAUUCUGGAUACCAUUUACCUUUUUUCCCGUCCCCAGAAGCUCACGAUUUUCACCACUUAAAAUUCAAUAAUUGCUUCGGAGUUCUAGGGGUAUUAGACCGUCUUCACGGAACCGAUAGCAGUUUUCGCUCGACCAGGGCCUACCAGAGACACAUAAUGAUGUUGAGUUUCGUGCCUCCGAGAGAGGCCUAUCCGGAGCCUGAUACAUGUAGUAAACACAAGUUGUGGAAGCAAUAAUAUAUAAAAAUAUCAUGCGGGGUGAAUAAAAACUGAACGGCAUCAAGGAAGCUAAGAAAUGAACUGAACUCAUGUUACGAAUAUUUUCCUUAUAAAUAAGAAACUAUUAGGCGGAGGGCGGUCAACAAUUCGGCAUUUUCAUUAUAAAUUAGCUUUGUAGCGAUGACUUGAAAGAUUGAAUUCAAAAACUAAAGCGAUACAGUAGAAAUCUCAUAAUCGAAAUAAUGAAAAAUUCCUCGUUUCAAAAAAGGAUUGCAGACUUUGUUGAAUUGUCCCUUCAAUUGCAUAAUUCGAUGGAACACAAAAUAUGGGAAAAUUGCAGGAAUACCAAUGGAAAUAAAUCAAUUUGAACAGGGUGUUCCUAAACAAAAAAAGUUAAGAUUAUGAGAGAGAGAAAAAUUAUAUCUCAACAACGUUGAAAAUUAUAAGAAAAUAUUUCAAUAAAAAUAAAUACCUAUUCUAUUGAAAUAUUCAUUUCCACGAAUUUCAUUAUCCAUUUUGAAAUAUUUCGAAUAACCAAUUUCUGGAUAUCUAUUGAAUGAAUGGAGGAAGAGUGAUGUGAAAAAAUCACUAGGAAUUGACAAAAGUGAUUCUAUAUUUUUAAUGAACGAAAUUAUUGUCUUAAAAUUCAACACGAACGGUAUGAUAAAGAUGGAAGUAAUUUGGCUUUUGUCUACCUAAUAUUACUCAAAUUUACCAACUGAUGAAUUCAUAUUUUAUAGAAAAUAUUAUAUUUUAAUGUCUAUAAUCGAUACAAUAAGAGAAACUUUUCAAUUGGUGGGGUAAUUACUUUUGUUCGAUUGAAAGUUCCUCUUGCUACGAUUAUAAUACAAUCCUAUUGUUUAAACUUGUUUCUAUUUAUUAAUCUGGAUAGUUUGCAAACUAUUUUUUUGGUAUAAGUAGUUGUAUGCUAUAUUAUCGUAAUUCAAUGAUAAGAUUAAAUGUUUAAUAUAUAA